AUGGAAGGGAAGCAAUUGCAGAGCGCAAUACUCAAGUACCGCAACCUCAAUGACAGGAAGUCGGCGCCGGCAGCCGCGGACGGCGGGCAGGCGGCAGCCGCAUCGGCGGCCAAGAAGCGCCGACCGUUCACGUACACAGACCAUUCGGACACGAUCGCGCAGCUGCUGUCGGGCAGCACGGCCGCGAGCGCGAGCAGCAACAACAAACUCAACAGCGUGUACCCGACCUCGACGCUCUUGCGGUCGACGGCCGCGGCCGCGAGCUACAAUGCGUCCACGAUGGCGUCGACCGACGGCUUCCAGUACGAAGAGGCGUUCCAGCGUGGCAUGAAGCUCGUCGAGAAGAACGACUACAAGCGGGCGCUCUCCGAGUUCACCGAGGCCAUCAACGUCGCGCCGACCAAGCUCAAGGCGUACGUGCAGCGCGCCAUGUGCUACAUGAAGGCGCAGCGCUACGAGCCCGCGAUCGACGACUACUCGACGCUCAUUGCGCACACGCCGGGCGACAGCGACAUGUUCUCGAAGCGCGCGUUUGCAUACGAGUGCCACAACAAGAUCCCGUCUGCGAUCGAAGACUACACCAAGGCGAUCGAGAUCUCGGGCGUGCCGGCCAAGAUCAAGGACGCGCGGCUCGCGCGCGGAAAGGCGUAUGCGAAGCUCGGCCACCUCACGCACGCGCUCGAGGACUUUGGCAGCGUCAUCGAGAUGGACCCGCGCAGCGACGACGGGUACCGCCAGCGCGGCCUCGUGUACACGCGUCUCUGCAAGUUUGACUUGGCCUUGGCCGACUAUGACCGCGUCGUCGAGCUCGAGGCGCGCCAGCUCACGCACGUCAAGCUCGAGUCGCUGCUCCAGCGCGCCGAGACGCUCAUGAAGCUUGUCGAGACCGAAGAGAAUGGUUUUUUGCUUCACCAGAUGGAAGACUCGGCGCUCCUCUCGGCCGAGAACGGCCACGACCGCGCCGUGCGGCACACGCCGCGCACCAUAUGCCUCGCGAUGGACGAGACAUACCUGACGCCGUGCGAGUCGGACGACGCCCGGUCCUUCGCGCUCAAGGCCAUUGACGACUUUACGGCGGCCCUCGACCAAGAGCCCGAGAGCUUGGACGUGCUGGCGGCGCGCGGCGAGGCCUACAUCCGCGCCGGCGCGCUCACCAAGGCGCUCGCGGACUUUGACGCAGCGCUCUUGAUCGAUGCGAAGGACCACCGCCUCUUGCUGUCCCGCGCCGUGGUCUUGCAGCUCCAAGACGAUGCGGCCCGACCAGGGCAUGUCUCGGCGCGGGCCCUCGCACUGCUGGCGCAGGUCACGUCGUCGGCGCCGCCUCUGAUUGCGUCCCAGGGCUUCUUCCGCCGCGCGCGACUGUACCUCGAGCACGGGCAGCCCCAGGCCGCGGUCGACGACCUCGGCAAGAUUGUCGAUUUGUUUCCAAAAGUACUCAAUGAGGAGCGCGACUCGGGGGCGGACUACCUUCCGGACGAGCAAGUCAAGCCCCACUGCCUCGUCGGUGCGACAAGUAAAGAGAGCAAGUCGCCGGUGCGCAUUGCGCUGCAAGCACUCUUGAGCCGCGCCCGCGUGCACAUGCAGCUGCAGUCGUACGCCCUCGCAGCCAAAGACUACCAAGCGAUCCUCGCCGUGUCGCCGGGGCACUUGGACGCGCAGGUGGAGGAGCAGCAAGCGCGCGACCUCGAUGAGAAACACAAGGUCGAAGAGUCGAACCGCGCGGUCAAGUGGCUCUUGGAGCACGGCGACGCAACCGAAGUGACCAAGAAGGGCGCCAGGAAGAAGAAGAAGAAGACUGCGAAAGCAUCAACGACCACCGACCGGCAUCGACGGCCACCCGCGAUCCGGGUCAAGGACGCCGUGACUACGGACGACGACGAUGACGAAAGCGGUGACAAUGCCGCCCGUCCGGCGACCAACGACGACGACGACGACGACGACGACAUGGUCCCGACACCCGAUGCGAGUAUACCGCCGCCGCCGGUGCCACAAAAGAUCUCACCCACCGGGAGUCUCGGGCAUCGAAGUAGCACGCCAUCGAGUCGCAUGGUCAUGUACACGCGCGACGAAGCCUGCGAGAGCCUCUACGAGACGGAGGCGCCGGCGGAGCGCGUGGUGCCGCCCCGGCCGACCUUUCACUUUUCGCUCACAGACGACGUGCCCAAGGACGGCGACGUGACGGCCAAGAGCUCGGACGACGACGAGACGCCAAUGACAACAACGACGACGAAGGAUGACAAGAGCGGCGCAAGUACGCCGGCGGCGUCGCCCGUCGUCCUCGUCGACGACAAGUACCUGAAGAAGCGGCGGAAACAGCUCGAGAAGCUCCGCGCCGACCUCGUCGAUGUGUGCCAACGAAGAGAGCGCGAUUUGAUUGUCGAUGCACUGGACCGCGCGACGCGCAAACAAAUGGUCGACCAGCUCCAGGACGAGUGCCAGCGGGCGCGGGACGUCCUCGAAGAGCUCAAGCUCCACGUCGAGGCCACGCCCGCGCAGUCGCCGCAGCGCGCGACGCCAACAACGUCGUCGGAUGCAAGCCCGGUGCGAUUACCGUCGUCGAGUCCGCCAUCGCGGUCGCCAGGCAAGCCACCGGUCAGUGGCGUCCCGCCACCGAUCAAGACGGCCGGUUCACCGCCCCGCCCGAUCGUGUCGUCGCCGGCACGACCACCACGUCAAGCCGCCGAGUCGCCCGACGAUAUGGCGCGGCUCCGGUAUCAAAUCGACAUGCUCCAGCGCGCGCUGAGCGAGAAGCAGCACGAAAUCGACCAGCUCAAGCGGCACGCGGCGCUCGUCCCGCCCGUCUCGUCGCCGCUACCGCUCUCGUCGCUCUCGUCCAAGCUGCAUGGCAUGGAACGAUGUAUGCGGCCGUUGGCCCCCGCGGCGUUUGCCUUGCCCGCGAUGCGCCACGCAGAUCACAUGGUCGAGCUCUUUGGCCCGACCGUCGACUCGGAGCGCGUGCGCACAAAACUUAUGCGCGCGCUUGCGUCGGUGCUUGAGCCGGUGGUCUCGGUCGCGACGUUUUACCCCUCGGGGUCGUACCCGCUCAAGACGUACCUGCCCGACUCGGACAUUGACGUGUGCUUGGUGCUCUCGGACGACACGGCGAGUGCAACGUGGCACGCAGACGUGACGCAAGCUCUUUUGGCGGCGGCGACGUCGGACCAAAAGGUCGAGUGUACCGUCCGCAACGUGACGUUUGUGAAUGCCGAAGUCCGCGUCGUCAAGUGCACGAUCGACAACGUGUCGAUUGACGUGACAGCCAACCGCUUCGGUGCCCUCGGCGCGGUCUCGCUCUUGCACGAAAUGGAUCUCCGCGUCGGCCAGCACCAUCUCUUCAAGCGCAGUCUCAUUUUGAUCAAGACGUGGUGCAUGUACGACAGCUCGCGCUUCAUCGCAUCGUCGUCGUCGUCAUCAUCGACGGGCCGCAGCAACAUUCUCGGCGCGGUCGCCGGCGCGCUCUCGACGUUUGCCCUCAAUACGAUGGUGCUCUGCCUCUUCAACCUCUUUGGGAAGCGCAUUUGCCACCCGCUGCAGGCGCUGAUCGAAUUCUUUCAUUUCUACGCCGACUUUGACUGGACGUACCACGCGGUGAGCAUGCUCGGGCCGGUCCCGAUCGCGUCGCUCAACGCCGGGUGGCGCCCGAGCGUCCGGUCGUCCGAUGUGGUCAUGGACGAGGUCGCCGUCGACGCGUUCAAGGCGCGGAUCGAGACGGUGCACGGCGGCAUCCGGCCGUCGCUGCCGUUCCAAGUGCGCGCUUGCAACGUCGUCGACCCGCUCAACGAAUGCAACAACGUCGCGCGCAGUGUCACCGCCGACAAGCUGGCCGAGAUGAAGCACGCGCUGCAGCACGGCCGGCAGACGCUCGUGCAGAUCUUUUACGAUGCAUGGCACCUCGCGUCAAGCGCCAAGAAGGAUGACGUGCACGCGGAAGACAUCGUUGCGGCGCUGGACCCCCGCACGCUGGAUUCGUUCUUUCUCAACGGGUGGACCACGUACGGCAGCGGGUACCGCCCGGACCUGCUCGUGCACCCGCGCCAGGUGUGGCACCCGCCGGCCAUGAACCCGUUUGGCGACGGCAACGUGGCCAUCGAUGUGCUCGCCUCCCAAGUCGCGGAUUUGCGUCAGUUACCAUAA